UUAAGAAUGGCCUAUUUGUUGCCUAUCGCCAUAUGUUUGGCCUUAUGCUUAGCUGGUUUCUCACUCUACCGUUACGGCAACAUACCAAGGCAGCAUAUUAUUGUAACACUAUCCGUUCUGACGGCAUGGUGUUUUUCAUUUUUAAUUGUCUUUACCAUACCACUGGAUGUAACAUCGACUCUUUAUCGCCAGUGCUUGCAAGAACAUAAUAAAACUUCUAUAACUAUAUCACCAUUGUCGGCGGCAUCUUCAUUAAACAAAUCAAAUGAAUCUUCAGAUGUUGUCAGUUCACUGCACCUACAUUCCGAAUGUCAACAACCUUGGGGUAUGAUACCAGAGGCUGUUUUUCCCAAUUUAUGGCGUAUUAUUUAUUGGACUUCGCAGUUUCUAACAUGGUUGAUAAUGCCUCUAAUGCAGUCAUAUCUCAAAGCUGGCGACUUUACCAUCAAGGGCAAAUUGAAGUCUGCCUUGAUUGAGAACGCUAUUUAUUAUGGAUCUUAUUUAUUUAUUUGUGGCAUUUUACUAAUUUAUAUAGCGGCUAAAGGUGUUUCUUUGGAUUGGCAAAAAUUAAAAGCCAUUGCAUCUUCGGCAUCAAAUACCUGGGGUCUAUUUUUGCUUGUGCUGUUGUUGGGAUAUGCCCUUGUUGAAGUUCCACGAUCCUUAUGGAAUAAUGCCAAACCAGGUUUUACCCUACAAUAUGCCUACUUCAAGGCAGCCAAACUAAGUGCUGAUAAAGCAGAGGCUGAAGAAAAUGUGGAUGAUGUUUUAGAGUCUCUGCAAGGCAUCAGUCGGUCGGUGCCUAACAAUCAUGAGUUGCGACCAUGUGUGGAAACAAUUUUACGUAAAGUACCCAUUGAGUUGCAGGAGAGAGCGGCACGUAACUAUUCCAGAGGUGGCAAUGGCGGUGGUACAUCUACAAUAGUACCAUCAGAAAAGGCAUUAGUUCGUAUACACAGGCAAGUAAUUAAAUCACUGCAAACUCUACAGCGUACCGAGGCUCUGUGGAGUGUGCAGGUGGAAACAGUAUUCCAAUUGGAAGAUGUUGCAAAGAACAUGCAUUCGGUGGAACGAAGAUUUAAAUCCGAGUUUCCGCAGCCCAAAUCUCAAACGGCUAGAUUUUUUUAUUCACCUACCCUACAUUGGUAUUGGUCGUGUUUGAUAAGAGCUCCGGUUUUAAAGGCUCUAUGUGUUGUGACGGCUUUUAUGUCCGGCAUGGUGGUGUGGAGUGAAUUGACAUUUUUCCAACGCAGUCCGGUGCUUUCGAUAUUUGCCAAUGUCAUUAUUGUAGCAAAACAUAGUUAUGAUUUCUUUACCAUCGAAGUUUUUUCCAUGAUAGUCUUGUGCUAUCUCUUCUACUGCACCUAUUCAACCAUAUUGCGUAUACGAUUUUUAAAUCUCUACUAUCUGGCGCCGCAUCAUCAAACAAAUGAACACAGUUUAAUAUUUAGCGGUAUGUUGUUGUGUCGCCUCACGCCACCCAUGUGCCUAAACUUUCUAGGUCUUAUACACAUGGAUUCGCAUAUUAUAAAAGAACGUAUAAUGGAAACAUACUACACCCGUAUAAUGGGUCAUAUGGAUGUAAUUGGCAUUAUUUCGAAUGGGUUUAAUAUUUAUUUUCCGAUGUGCAUGUUGGCCUUUUGCUUGGCCACAUGGUUCAGUUUGGGUUCUCGGGCUUUGAAUGCAUUGGGAUUCCAGCAGUUCUUGCAAAAUGAGACAAUAGCCACUGAAUUGGUACAAGAGGGAAAAGACCUAAUCGCUCGUGAGAGAAGGCGGCGGCAGAGAGCCGAAGAAGCCUUGAAUCGCAGAAGAGAAUUUCCCAGAAGUGAUGCCAUGUCAACAAAUGAUUACAUAAAUAAGUAUCGUAAUUUAAGUUCACAUAAUGGACAAAGUACUUCAGCAACAACAGCAACACAACGUCCUGCAACGCAUAUACCAUCAGAUGAUUUGAUACGUCAUGGAGACAAUUUACACUAUGACACUCUGCCACGUUCGCUGUCCGACGAAAUUAAUGAACGUUUCGGUGUCAGUACACAAGCUCAAGUUGCCUUCAAGGGUUCCUCGACUGCAAACCAUUAUCGCCUGGAAUUUGAUGAUGAAGAGGAAACUUCAAAUCGUAUUGAACCACCGCGUGGUUUAUUUGAUGAUGUAUAAUAAAUUUUGGGCGACAAUGUCAUAUUGUGGAAAACCGUAUAAUUUGGCUCUCUGUAUCAUCCUAAUUAAAGAUGUAUUUAUUGGUCAGUCACAAAUUUACGUAAACUAGUUUAUAAUAGUUAUAAAAAUCGAUUUAAUAUAAACUAAUAUCUAAACUCACGCUAAUUACACUCUACAAUACACUACUGCACUGUUGUAAUCGGCCUUACAUACAAUUUGGGAGUUUUUGUGAUUGCUGCUGUGGCUUACUACAUAUUAUUGUUUUCUCAUUACUUAAGAUGUUUUUUAUUAUAAUUUGCUUAAAAAUGUAAGUAUUGUUUUAAUUUUUAUUUUGUUAUUAUUUCUUAUUUUAUUUUGUGUUUUUUAUUUUGCCAUAAUUUGCACAUUUUAAACGUAAUUUAUAUAUAGAGAAUAGUUUAUUUAUAAAAUGAAAAUAUAUUUUUUUCUGUAUAUUAAAUGUAUGUGCAAAAAUUUUUAAAUAAAAAAACAUCUAAAACACAGA